AUGAGAAUAAUCAAAACGUAGAGAGAACGAAUGAUGAAAUAGCUAAAAACACGAUUGUAGCUGAUAUUAGUAAUCCUCUUAAUUGUAUUCAGUUUAAUAAGCCUACUGUUAGUGUUAGUAAUGGUGAUAAAUCAAAUAUUCGGAAUAAUACAAAUGAUGAAAUCAUUUCAGAAUUUAUUUCAGUAAAGGCAACUAUUUCCCCUGGAAUAACUGCAAAUUCAUAUAUUGAAGUUGAGAAAUUACAGAAAUUACUUAUUAGCCGAAAAGAUGAUAUUGACUGUAUAUUAAAAUUACAGCCUGUAUAUGCCAUAGGAAUUGAUUUUCGCAAAAAUUCUACUAGACCAUGUAUUGCUUGCUGGGUUGCUAAACCUUUUGACAUUCCGAUUCUAGAAUGUCUUGAAACCAUAUUUGAAGAUCAAUUUGAAGUUAUAUACCGAUUAGUGAAACCUGUGAAUGAAAAUAAUAAUGAAAUAUUAAAUAAGAAUGAGAUAUUAUUUGAUAAUCGAGCAACAUAUUAUCUCUUUUUAAAUGAUAGUGAAAACUUAAAGAAGAGGCAAGUAGGUACUAAUAACGACCAUGGUAAUAGUAAUGGUAAUGGUAAUAGUACAUGUGCUAAAGCUGUAGAUCUUGAUAUCUUUCAAGAUUUUAACAUUUCUGCUAGCUUUUGGGCAAAAACAUCGCCAUUUGAAAAGGAAGUUGGAAUUCUAGAGUAUGAUAUUAAUGUAAUUGCUUGUGGAAUAGGAAAAAUGCUUAGUAAUAAUUGGCCAGCACUUAAAAGAUUAGGUAUUGGUUAUUUUCUUCAUUCUACCGAAGUUCAUGUUUCUCCAACGCCUGAUAUUAUGAGUAAUUUAUUUUGGUUGAAAGGCAUUUCACAACCAACUCAAUCAAAUCGAAAAGUUGAAUUUUCAACAGGUAGUGAAAAAAUCAUAAAUGGACAAGUUGGAACAUCGAGCUGUGGUAUAACAGGUGGUAUAAAAAAGGUUCAUAAUACCAAAUUCUCAUCAAAUGAAUGGAAAUUAUCUUAUAAAGGUCCUAAUAUUAAGGGGGAGAGUUGGUCAUAUGAAUUCGUUGAUAUAGAUGGCAGCAAUAGAGAAAGUUUUUCCCCCGGAACUCAUUCUGGUCAAUGGUUUAUCAUGAAAGAAAUGCAAGGAUUUUGUAUCACUAUCACACAAGUAUUAUGCUGUGAAAUCACCCAUGAUUGGCGCAGAUUCAUUCCAAAUACAAAAUUUCAGUUACUAAAACUUUGCCCAAAGAUGUGCCAUAGUCUUAAAAUUACCUUUAACGAUCUUAAAGACUUUAAUGCAAAAUUAUCAAAACUCAACCAAACUUGUUAUCCUAAUACAGACAACAUUAUGAUUACUCUUGGACGGAAUGAAAAAGAAAAUAUUAACAAAGCUGCAAACCAAAAAAUUGAGAAUUUAAAUGGUGAAAUCAUGCGCAUGUUAAGAUUUUGA